AUGCCUGAGGGUGACGCGCAAAUAUUGCUUGCAAAACCGAUGCAGGACGAAUGGAACCGUCGGUCCCAACUAGAGGACGACCAGGGUCCUCAACCAAAGGCUUUUGUUCAAAAGCCUGACCACAAUGCACCGGUGUUUGGCGUGAAAUGCAAGUGCAUUCCAAUUUUUACGGGACAGAUAGCCACACGUGUUCCAACCCCCAAUCUGGAGAACCAGGAGACUGUGUUCGUCAAACUUCUAACCGUUGACCAACUUGAUAUGAGAGACUGUGUGUCGCACGGACAUCCCCAGUGUAUCUCAAUGGGUCGCGGAGUCAGCAAAUCUACGGGAACUAUUUCUGCCAUAUGGACACGCCUUUCAACCACACACUUUGGAUUUCAAACGGUGGAUGAAGAAGAGAAGCAGCGUAAAGUCUUUAAUGUGUUCCAGAAUGUAGCGGAAAAGUACGAUCUCAUGAAUGAUGUCAUGAGUGCUGGAAUCCAUCGCUUGUGGAAAGAUAAUUUUGUGCACCAAAUAAUGCCAACACAUAACCUCAAGUUCUUAGAUGUAGCUGGAGGCACUGGUGACAUUGCAUUCCGCAUUCACCGCUUUUCCAAAAGAUUGCCUUCAAUCAAUUCAGGAAUUACGAAUGGUCCUUCAAAUAAUUCAGAGCCACAGAUUACCCUCUGUGACAUCAAUCCGGCCAUGAUGGAGGUAGGAAAGUCUAGGGCUAACAAGUUAGGAAUUUCUUCGAUUUGUUGGGUGGAAGGUAAUGCAGAACAACUUCCUUUCGAAGAUAACUCUUUUGACGUCUACACCAUUGCAUUUGGGAUUCGAAACUGUACACAUCUGGACAAAACAAAAAGCUUGAUACAGGUCUUGUUCGAAGCCCAUCGCGUGUUACGACCACAUGGACGGUUCUUUUGUUUAGAAUUCAGUCAAGUUGUGAAUCCUGUCCUGGGCAAAAUGUACGACAUUUACUCAAUGCAGCUCAUCCCUGUCUUUGGCCAGCUGAUUGCUGGGGACUGGAAUUCUUACCAAUAUUUGGUAGAGAGCAUUCGCCAAUUUCCUCCGCAGGAAGAAUUCGCAGAGCUUAUCCGAAGUGCUGGUUUCAGUUCCGUCAAUUUUACCAACUAUUCUUUUGGCAUAUGUGCUGUGCAUAGUGGAUUCAAGAAACCACAACGUUCAGAGGAAGUUAAACCUUGCAAAUAACACUUUGAGGAUUGAUUUAUCCACAGAUAGACAUACUGUAACUCAGCAAGUGAUGAAACUCCGUCUUUG